UCGCUAGCGCGGCGGCGGGGAGGGCAGGGCAGCGCCUGUAACUGGAAACCGGAGCCUUCACCGUCACCGCGCCGCCACUUUCCAUUCACUCCUAGGUGCUUAAUUGAGAGCUGGGGAGAAGCGCUCCUGGUGCCUUAGGAGCCCAGCUAUAAGGAUUAUUUUACGAAGGAGCCGGGAGUACCUUUGCAACCACCGGAAAGAGAGACUUUUCCUUAUUUUUUUUUAAUCUCCCCUCCACACACGCAAUGAGCCAGGUUUGGAAUUAAAAUAUUCUGGUUACAGGAGUGGAGUCCGUAAACUGAGAGAAACCAGAUAGAAAUCUGUAUUACUGGUCUCUCCAAUAGCUGGGUUUCGUUUCUUGGAUAUUAAGUUGCAAAUCUGAAGAGAUGGCAUUUCUUGCACUGCAAGUGUUGAUUGGGAUAUUUAUUUACUUUAGCAGUGUAAAAGGAUCUUCCCAGCCUCAAGCAAGAGUGUUUUUAACAUUCAAUGAGUUGCAAGAAACUAAGACCUCCGAAUAUCACAGAAUAUCCCACAGUCCCCUGGAUUACAGGAUAUUAUUCAUGGAUGAAGAUCAGGAUCGGAUCUAUGUGGGCAGCAAAGAUCAUAUUCUGUCUUUGAAUAUUAAUAAUAUAAGCCAGGACCCUCUCAGUAUUUUCUGGCCAGCUUCAGGAAACAAGGUUGAAGAGUGCAAAAUGGCUGGCAAAGAUCCCACACAUGGCUGUGGAAAUUUUGUGCGCGUGAUCCAGUCGUACAAUCGCACCCACCUGUACGUCUGCGGCAGCGGCGCCUUCAGCCCUGUGUGCGUGUACGUGAACAGAGGGCGCAGGUCCGAGGAACAAAUCUUCAAGAUCGACUCCAAGUGUGAAUCAGGAAAGGGACGCUGUUCUUUCAACCCUAAUGUGAACACGGUGUCUGUCAUGAUCAAUGAAGAGCUUUUUUCAGGGAUGUAUAUUGAUUUCAUGGGGACGGAUGCUGCCAUUUUUCGGAGUCUGACCAGGAGGAAUGCAGUGAGAACUGACCAGCACAACUCCAAGUGGCUGAGUGAGCCUAUUUUUGUGGAUGCUCAUGUUAUCCCAGAUGGCACUGACCCCAACGAUGCCAAAAUCUACUUCUUCUUCAAAGAGAGACUCACAGACAACAGUGGCAGCACAAAGCAAAUUCAUUCAAUGAUUGCAAGAAUAUGCCCAAAUGACACAGGUGGUCAGCGUAGUCUUGUGAACAAGUGGACAACAUUUUUGAAAGCAAGACUCGUGUGCUCAGUAAUGGAUGAAGAUGGAACAGAAACGUACUUUGAUGAAUUAGAGGAUGUGUUUCUUUUAGAGACAGAUAACCCCAGAACAACACUUGUGUAUGGAAUUUUUACAACAUCAAGCUCCAUAUUUAAAGGCUCAGCUGUGUGCGUAUAUCAUCUAUCUGACAUACAGACUGUGUUCAACGGGCCAUUUGCACACAAGGAGGGCCCAAACCACCAGCUGAUUCCAUAUCAGGGCAGAAUUCCGUACCCGCGACCUGGCACAUGUCCAGGAGGAGCCUUCACACCUAAUAUGAGGACAACCAAAGAGUUUCCAGAUGACGUUGUGACCUUCAUCAGAAAUCACCCUUUGAUGUUUAAUCCCAUUUACCCAAUACACAAGAGGCCAUUAAUCAUCCGGAUAGGAGCCGACUACAAGUAUACAAAGAUUGCUGUGGAUCGAGUGAAUGCUGCUGAUGGAAAAUACCAUGUCUUGUUUCUUGGAACAGAUCAAGGAACCAUACAAAAAGUUGUUGUCCUACCCACCAACUUCUCUGCAAGUGGAGAACUCAUUUUAGAAGAGCUGGAAGUUUUUCAGAGUAAUUCUCCUAUAACAACAAUGAAGAUUUCAUCUAAAAAGCAACAGCUGUAUGUGAGCUCAGACGAAGGGGUCACACAGGUAUCCUUGCAUCGCUGCCACAUCUACGGGACCGCCUGUGCUGACUGCUGCCUAGCCCGAGAUCCUUACUGCGCCUGGGAUGGCAACUCCUGCUCCAGGUUUUAUCCCACAGGGAAAAGGAGGAGUCGUAGGCAAGACGUGAGACAUGGAAACCCUCUGACUCAGUGCCGAGGUUUCAACCUGAAAGCUUACAGAAAUGCUGCAGAAAUAGUUCAGUAUGGAGUGAAAAACAACACCACCUUUCUCGAAUGCACACCCAAAUCUCCUCAGGCUUCUAUCAAAUGGCUGCUACAGAAAGACAAUGACAGAAGGAAAGAGGUCAAGCUGAAUGAAAGGAUCAUAGCUACUGAGCAAGGACUCCUCAUUCGCUCUGUCCAAGACAGUGACCGGGGGCUUUACCACUGCAUUGCAACAGAGAACAACUUCAAGCAGACCUUAGCAAAGAUCAAUUUCAAAGUGUUGGAUUCAGAGAUGGUGGCUGUCAUGACUGACAAGUGGUCCCCUUGGACCUGGGCCAGCUCAGUCCGAGCACUGCAGUUCCACCCCAAGGACUUUGUGGGAGCUUUCAGCCACUCAGAAAUGCAGAUGAUUAACCAGUAUUGCAAAGACAGUAGAAUACAAGGUCAGCAGAGGGAAGAAUCCCAGAAGAUGAGAGGGGAAUACAGCAAACUAAAGGCCCUUAUCAAUAGCAGGAAAAGUAGAAAUAGAAGGAAUCAAUUACCUGGUUCUUAAUUUUAUUUUGUAGUAAUAGAUAUCUUUGUCCUCACUGUAGGGGGCUUAUAUUUGUCUAUUGAGAACAAAUUCGAGCAAAUCUGAUAAAAAAUAAAUGCAAAUCCAACAAGCCUCAGAAAAGAUCCUUCUCCCAGUAAGAUACAGUGAUGCAGUGUAACUUAACUAAAGAAAAUAAUUCAGAGCAUUUUCUUUCCUAGAUGCUUACUGACUGACACGAGGUUGGGCUCUGUCCUAGAGGCAGAACUGGGUAUUCAUCUUAAGCCAGAUUUACCUUUGACAUCUCAGUAUUUAAUUACAGCUGAGUAGAAAGUUUUACAAAAUCAAUGCCUUUUCUUGCAUUUCUGGAACUGUACCAGUCAGACUGGUGGUGAAAGAAUCUGGGUUAAGAUUAAUUCUCAAAGUGGGACGGUACUAUGAUUUCCUUGCACUGCAGAAAAUGAGUUUCUUCUUGUUUACUGUUCAGUAUUUGGUUUACAGCUUUCACUCAUUGUUCAAAUCAUGUGAAUGCAUGCUGAUGGGAAGCAAGUAAAGUAUAGUAGAAAUGUUUCAUUCAGAGGUCAAAUGAAGGAAUAAGUAGAAGAAAAACAAAACAAAAAGUUAAUUAUAGUUUAUCAGAGGAAACACUGAUUACGGUGCAUAGUGUGAGUUGUAAUAAAUUCAUGAGUUCUGGAAUAUAACUUAAAAUAUCUGCUCAUAUUGAUUUUUAUUAAAAUAGGGUAUCCUAUAACACUACAUAGCUUUAUAAGUGGCACAAAACUAACAUAAGAAUGUUCGGUAUACAUACAAUUUUGAAAAACUCCUAAGUGACUUAGGUAUUUUAGCUGUUGUUCAAAGAAUUACUCUCCAAUUUUUUUCAAAGAACAGAAGAUGGGUAUACUGUUUACUCAGAAAUGAAAAAUAUAGAUUAUCUGUUCCAUGAUUAAAUUGGAGCUGGUCUGCAAUGUGGAAACAAGACAUGAGUGUCUUUGAAAAAAAAUUAAACAUUAUUUUUUCAACUGUUUUCUCACAAUUGCAAAUAUUUUAACUAGAAUUUUCUAGUCAUUGUACCCUUUUUAAUUUUCAUUAUUUCCUCUUAUUUUCAGUUUUCUGCUGAAAAGAUGAGGAAAAGAAAAAUGUUAAGACAAAAAAGAGGAAUGAGGGGAAAACAGAACUGAAAAAUGUGUUUGGGUCAAAAACCAGAAAGUAUAAUAACUGGGGAGACACUUUUAAGCAGAAAUAUUUUUGUUUAAGAAGCAGCAAGUGUAACAAAGUAUGUUUAGUUGAAAAUUGGGUAAAUGUGCAUCAAGCCAUCCUGGGAUUUUUAUAUAUAUUUUUUUAGCAACAUUAAUGCCAAAUAAACUACGGACAAAUCUUCCUCAGUUUAGUAGGUAACAGUGUUCUGGAAGCCACUGAGCCUGUUCAAAAGAGAUAGAUAACAAGGAUUUAAAAGGUAUGAGAAAUAUUGUGAUUUAUUCCAUGAUAUUUUAUAAUAUUCAAAAAUAUAUUUUAAAAAAAAAAAAAAAAGAGUGAAAUGAUUUCUGGAUCUAGAAAAGGUAAGAAAAAGUAAUUUUGAAAAGUUGUUAGUUCCAGCCAGUAACAGAUGAAUACUGUAUUUUAAAAUAUAGCUUUAAACAUUGCAAUGGGUCUUUGUUGAAACUCUGGGCAUUAUUUUGAUUCUGCUUCUAUGAGAAUACUUUGGGAGUAACUCUACAGGGCAUAGGAGAACACUCCCAGGUUUCUAGCAGCGUGAGUUAAGAUCUAGUGCAGUGGAGGUAACUGGUAUUUACCUGAUGUCAGUUAGGUGUGUCCCUUUAUCACCACCUGAUGCAGAAUACCUGGGAAAUGCGCCCUGAUUGAUCAAACCAGUUAAACACUAAGUCCCUUUGCCACUGGUGGGAGCUCUUAGAAUUUAAUUUGUAUGCUUACUGCUUGCUUCAAAGUGUGGGGGUUAGUUGGGGCAACUCCAGCCUGCACAUGUAUAUCCAUCAAGUUAAGUGCUUUCCUGAAGCAAGGCCUAGAAGUGUGUUUCUGCAAUAUGUUGCCACUGCUAUCUGUGGUCCUUCUUAUAGAAACCAUUGGGAAACUUUCACUUCAGUGAGCUUGGAUGUGGCCCCAAGAGCUGGCAAAGUGGACUCUGAGGGAAAAAAAAAGAAAAAAAAAGAAAAAAAAAAAAAGAAAAAGGAAAAUUAGAUGAGUAAGGGAAUAAGAUUAUUUUCUUCCCUAGCUGACUUUCACUGCAGCAACCUACAUUUUUUUCCUACUUUUUUCUUUUUUUCUGAGGAUGACUGACUUGUAAAGUGUGUAAGUGACAAACCAAAAAUCAAGUGCCACAAAAUACAACUACCUCCUGGAAUGACAUUAGUGCAUAUAUUCUGUAUGAUGCCACGCUCUUCCUAUUUCCCCAGUGGAUUCACUGCAGAGUUAGUGUGAUAUUAAUGUCUAUUGUGAGGAUCAUAAUUGCUUCCAGAUGGAACAGAGUGAUUAAUAGAUAUUUAAGGGUACAAUUAACUCUUUAAGUGGUUAGGUACAGUGAUAUUUUAAUAGGCCCCCAUUAGGCCUCAGAAAUUACAGUUACACUGUUUUCUAGUAGACUAUUGGCAAUAAGGGAUUCCAUUAAAACAAUCAGCAUAGCUCAGAGUUUCACAUGAUUAUAAAAUAAUAUUUUUAAAGCUGCUUCAUAUACCAUUAUUAUGGUAUGACUGUUUAAGGGAUUAUACUUAAACUAACAUUUUUCCUGCUGCAUGAAAACUUCAGCUUCUGUCAGUUCAUAACCAGUCCAAGCUUCCAUACUGUAGUAGCCCUCCCCUGUGUAUAGAGUAACCAGGAGCCAGAUACUCAGCUGAUACAAACUAAUGUAACUUCCUUGCUGUCCAUUUAGCUACUGUGGUUUAUACCAGCUGAGUUUGGCCCUAAAUGUACAGAAUAGACAAAUGGCAAUUUUUAUUUGUUGAAAGUAGCCCCUCUACUGUAGGUGACACCAAAACUUAAGACUGUAAUAUUGUUUGUGCUAUUUAAUAAUUCCUUUUUUGAGGAUUACUAAAUAAUGUAUAUAAUUUUAUUCCUUAAAAAAUACAAAAGCAAAAUUACUUCUAGGCAUAACUUCACCAAAUGUAAAGAUAUGUUCUCUGCUACGAACUUCACCAUGUACUGGCUUUUUUUUUUUUGGCUAUUUUUAUUUUGUGUAGUUUGUAAAGUUUGCUGAUAUCUUGACCUAACAAUGUGUUCUUUGCAAUUGUUGUUACUGUAGAUAUGCGUGUUUUAUUAAGAAAAUCUUGUUUCUAAAAGUGUAGGUAUGUGUAUAAGUUCCUAGCAUGAUGAAACUGUUGUUACAGUGAAUAUGCAUUAUAUAGUGUAUAAGAAAGAACAAAAUGUAGUUUAACAUAGUGCUAUUUAAUUGAAUAUCUAAAAUACUAUUUGCCUGACAAAAUAAAGUGUGUUGCAACAAUUUAACAAA